UGGCCUCCUCGGCUCUCCAGAGGAGGAAACUUGAAGCUGCUUUUGUCCCAAAGUUUUGAGUCCGCUGGAUCCUGGAGGUCUGAACCGGAGAAACGGGCCAACUGGAAGCCACACGGAACCACACGGAGCUCGGACCGGUGAGGACGGACCCGCUGUGCGUGUGUCGUCCCGGUGUGUGUGUGUGUGUGUGUGUGUGUGUGUCUCUCUCGGACCCUCCAGGCGAACCACCGACCCUUCUCCGCUCACCAGGCCGCCCCUCAUUGCUCCUCUCCCGGCCUGGAGGGCAGCCACGCCCCGCAGUUUGUCAGACAAAGUGUUGGAAUGGAGGCGUGAGACGGAGGUCACGGGGGGUCACGGGGGGGGGGGUUGAACGUCCAUGGAGAACCGCAGCCUCAACUUUCUUCUACUGCACUUUUUUGGGCGUCCAUCUUGAAAAGUUGUCUCAGCUAAAGACUCCGAGGCCCCGAUGACACGCACGCGGCCGACUAGGCGCGCGCCCAGGUGACGGUCAGUCAGUGAUCGAUGCUUGUGAUGGAGGGUCAGAGGUCAGGAGCCUCCUCCUCCUGCAGGCUGCUGGUUCUGCUCCUCCCGCUGCUGACCCGCUGCGGGGCCGAUGAAGAGGUUCUGGUUAACACCAAGCUGGAAACGUCGGACCUUCGAUGGACGAACCAUCCACCUGAAGAUCCUCAGUGGGAGGAGCUGAGCGGGUUGGACGACGAGGCGAGGAGCGUACGGACCUAUGAGAUCUGCACUCCGGACAGCCUGUCCUCUCAUUGGCUGAGGACGCGCUGGAUCCCCCGGGGGGCGGCGACAACCCUCUACGUGGAGAUCCGGUUCUCCAUGAUGGACUGUGCCAGCCGGAACACGCGCCACUGCAAGGAGACCUUCAACCUCUACUACUACCCGUCGGACAGCGCCGAAGCCACGCCCACCCACCCGGCCUGGAUGGAGAACCCGUACGUCAAGGUGUCCACGGUGGCGGCGGACCACCUGAUGAAGCGAGGCGUGAAGCGCUCCAACGUCAAGCUGCUGCGCUUGGCGCCGCUGGCGGGGGCGGGGCUCUACCUGGCCUUCCAGAGCCAGGGAGCCUGCAUGGCGCUGCUCUCCGUGCGCGUCUUCUACAGGAAGUGCCCCCCGCUCCGCCGCGCCCUCGCCGCUUUCCCCGAGACUGUUCCCCACUCGCUGGUGGAGCAGGCUCACGGUGUGUGUGUGGAGAACGCCGUGACGCCGCCCGGCGAGCACUCUCAACCUCCAAGCAUGCUUUGUGGCGAGGACGGGCAGUGGGUGGGGCAGCCGACGUCCAGCUGUGCCUGUCGCCCCGGUUACGAGGCGGGGGAGGGCAACGUGCGCUGUCGAGCCUGUCCCUCGGGUCAGUUUAAGGCGGGUUUAGGACCUGGUGUUUGCACUCCGUGUCCAGACAGGAGCAACACUGUAAUCCCAGGCUCCGCCUACUGUCCCUGUCACCAUGGUUACCACCGUGCAGACUCCGACCCGCCCCACGCCGCCUGUACAGGCCCCCCCUCCGCCCCCCGCUCCAUUGUGAGUCAAAUUAACAACACCUCUGUGACUCUGGAGUGGAGCGAGCCGCUGGACCGAGGAGGACGAGGAGACCUGACCUACAGAGUCCUCUGCUCCAGAUGUGGGCCCGCCCCCCAGGGAUUGGUCACUUCCUGUUCUCCGUGUGAUGACGGCGUCCUGUACCGCCCGGCGCAGCGUGGACUGUCCCAGCGCCGCGUCUCUGUGUGGGGACUCCGCCCCCAAUCCAAGUACACCUUCACCGUCCAAUCACUGAACGGCGUCUCUGCUCUGAGCCAAUCAGAGCCGGCCUCCGAAAGAGUCAACGUCACCACCAGCAACGACGUUCCUCCUGCAGUGUCCGGUCUGAGGAAGGUGGCGUCCUCAGAGUCCAGUUUGUCUCUUGAGUGGAACGUCCCAGUUCUGCAGAACCAGAUCCUGGACUACCAGCUGCGCUACAGCCCCAAGGAGGGCGAGGGGGCGGGGCAGUGGCAGUACGUGUCGAGCAGGUCUUCUUCGGUGGUGGUGACGGGGCUCCGGCGGGCCCUGAGGUAUCGGGUUCAGGUCAGAGGUCGUUCACAGGCCGGUUACGGCUCCUUCAGCCCGGAGAGCAGCUUCAGCACGCCGCCUGAGGGUGAGACGCCGCCUGAGGGUGAGACGCCGCCUGAGGGUGUCGGUUCUCAGCUGGUGGUGACAGCGGUUCUCGUCUCCAUUGGGGUCUUGAUGCUUGUUGCCACGGCGAUACUGGCUCUGUACUGCUACCGCAGGAGAGUGAAGGACUCUGAGUUGACUGAUAAAAGUGGACACUACCAGAUGGGACAGACGAUGAAGGUGUACAUCGACCCCUUCACCUACGAGGACCCUAAUGAGGCAGUGAGGGAGUUCGCCAAAGAGAUUGAGGCGUCUUUUGUGAAGAUCGAGGAAGUGAUCGGAGCAGGUGAGUUUGGCGAGGUGUGCAGAGGUCGGCUGAGGGUCCCGGGCCGGCGGGAGAACUACGUGGCCAUCAAGACGCUGAAGGGCGGAUACACGGACAAGCAGAGGCGGGACUUCCUUUCAGAGGCGUCCAUCAUGGGUCAGUUCCAGCACCCCAACAUCAUCCACCUGGAGGGCGUUAUCACCACUUCCUGUCCCGUCAUGAUCCUCACUGAGUUCAUGGAGAACGGAGCGCUGGACAGUUUCCUGAGGGUGAAUGACGGACAGUUCACCCCCAUCCAGCUGGUGGGGAUGCUGAGGGGCAUCGCAGCCGGCAUGAAGUACCUGUCGGACAUGAGCUUCGUCCACAGAGACCUGGCAGCCCGCAACAUCCUGGUCAACUCCAACCUGGUCUGUAAGGUGUCAGAUUUCGGUCUCAGCAGGUUUCUGACUGAAAACUCUUCUGACCCGACGUACACCAGCUCUCUGGGAGGGAAGAUUCCUAUUCGCUGGACCGCCCCUGAAGCCAUCGCCUACAGGAAGUUCACCUCGGCCAGCGAUGGGUGGAGCUAUGGCAUCGUCAUGUGGGAGGUGAUGUCGUACGGAGAGCGACCUUAUUGGGACAUGAGCAACCAGGAUGUGAUUAACGCCAUAGAGCAGGACUACCGUCUCCCCCCCCCACCAGAGUGUCCCGCCUCCCUCCAUUCCCUCAUGUUGGACUGUUGGCAGAAGGAACGAGCCAAUCGGCCGAGGUUCUGCGACGUUGUGUCUGCUCUCGAUAGGCUGAUCCGAAACCCCGCCUCCCUGAAGGUGACGCUGUCAGAGGGCCACAGUGGGUCCCAGCCCCUGUUGGACCGGCGUGUCCCCCCCUCUCUGUCGUCCUGUGGUUCUGUCUCCGAGUGGCUGCGGGCCAUAAAGAUGGAGCGAUACGAGGCGAGCUUCCUUCAGGCCGGGUUCACCAGUCUGGACGUCGUCUCUCAGCUCAACACUGACGACCUGCUCAGAGUGGGCGUGACCCUCGCCGGACACCAGAAGAAGAUCCUCACCUCCAUCCAGACGCUCAGAGUCCACAAAGCUCCGCCUCCGCUGCUCUACUGACCAAUGACAGCCCUCCCCUCCCUGGCCGAGCUGUCCAAUAACCACUGCACUCUGCUGAGCCACGCCCAUUCUUCAUGUAACCGCUGAACGUUUGGACCAAUCGGGAAGCCCCUGAUAGUCAGGAGCACAGCGCCAAGUUCAGCUUCAUGAUCGGACUCGUUGACCAAUCAGUGUCGACCUCACCAGGUGUCCAGGUGUGUUUUUAUCAUCCUAAUCCAAACCCUUGGACCAAGUGGCCAAUCAGCAUCUCGCACAGCAGGGACACGGGUCCGCUAUUGGACCUCCCUGCUGGUAUAGCCCCGCCCACUUCCUGAAAGAAGUGUUGGGAUUCGCUGCCGGCCUGGUCCCUCACACAGGAACACCUGAACCGCCAGAGGACUGUGGACCCAAAUCUGGACCUGGUUUUAAAUCUGAUUCCAGCUGAUUGUUUUUUAUUUUUGUUCUUAAACCUGCUGGGUCGAAGACUCUGGUCCAUCGUAGUUGUAGAACUGAACUUUUGUAUUGUAGCACUUUUUGUACCUGAUCAUGCUCUAAAGUAGACGUUUCUAUACCAAAGUCCAUUUGUGUCCGGAAACUAAAGUGGACGUCUAACAUGUGACCUCCAGCUCCUAGACCUCUGAGUAGGUCCAGAACCAGGAGGCUCCUGCACCACCGGAGCAGUUGGACCAUUAGUUUUAUGAAUAAGUCACUGUUGUCGUCAGCCAAUCAGAAUAAAGAUCAACUGUAAAAUGGA